AUGAGCUACAAGUGGGCCGAGUUCUUUCUCCAGGGCUGUGAGCCGAACAUUUUUAACUUAUACAACCAACCUAUUCUCGAUCCCGAGGACUUCAAGCAAUUUCACUGCGAUGAUGCCUGGAAAUUGGGACGGCGAAUGCGUGAUGAUAUGCCCGGGAUGCAUAGUAUCAUGGUGUUGAGAUUACGAGUAAAUGGACGAGCCAAACUUGUGACGAAAACGGUACACACUCAGAAUGAAAGUCGAGCUUACGAACAUAUUCUUCGCAACUGCCCGCCCUCUAAACUGUCUUACUUCCCAACUUAUUAUGGUGUCGUCCUAAACUUGACACGCGAAAAGUAUCCUAUGAGCUAUGCAUUGCGUCCUCGAGCAUUAGUGCUUGAAAGAGUCAGCCCUGCCAUAUGUUCCCGACGUCUUCUAGGAGAAUCCCCACGACCAUCAUCGAGCCUAUUCGAAAGCUUUGUUACGAAAAUUGGCGAUCUACCUCUCAGCAGCUUUGAGAAGGAGUGGUACAUUUCGUUGUCCAUUGACCAGCUUCAGCGUCUUGCAGCGUUACAUGAUAUUGGAAUUUUACACCACGAUAUCUGUGAUGAGCAUUUUCGUAUGCCUCAUGAUUUCUACGACACGGUUCUCUACCAUUUCUCUCAUUCCUACACGAUACACACACCAUGGCCAUACGUAAGACGACCUAAGCCCUUGGUGGAAUUGAUUCGAAUUGAACAGGAGGAAGUGUUGAGUGGUGUGCUCGGUCGUGCGAGAAAAUCGGAUCUUCGUGAUAAUGUUGCAACGACGCUCGAUGUAACCCCGGUGACUGUUCUGAAUUUCUGCUCCCAAGAGCUGGAAGACACUGAGAACAACCUAGAGCUGAUCUCUCUAAAGACUAAACACCGACCAGAUGGUACUGUUUACGCUUCCAUCCCUGACGUCAAUAUUUCCAUUCUUGGAAUCGAUUCGCCCGAGUCAUUCUCCAGCAUGGCAUAUCAGUAG